GCGUGACCCCGCCUGACCUCUUCACAGUGCUGAACAGAGCAAACUGACAGCUCUCCGGUCAGCUGUUUCACAGGCGAACUCGGAAUAAUCAUUAAAAAGAACGAUUAUAAGGAAAUUAUUAACGGUAGACAAUUGGAUUCAACGUAGACUAUCGAAACGUUGCGAAAUUUGCUAGCUUGCUUCGUUUAUAUCCAGUUUUUUUUUUCUCUGUCUCUCUCUUCCGCUAGUUAGCACGAAUCAGCAAACGUUAGCUAACAAAUCUCUUCGAAACCUGCGUCAAACAACUUGUUAGCGUAACUAGGGAUUUUGUUGUGAAGGAAGGACUUUACAAUGGGAUCCAGAGCAUCGACAUUACUGAGAGAAGAGGAGAUUGAAGAAAUCAAAAAGGAGACAGGCUUUUCCCACAGCCAGAUCACCCGGCUCUACAGUCGCUUCACCAGCUUGGACAAAGGAGAGAACGGCACGCUCAGUCGGGAAGAUUUCCAACGGAUCCCGGAGUUGGCCAUCAAUCCUCUGGGAGACAGAAUCAUCAAUGCCUUCUUUCCCGAGGGGGAGGACCAGGUGAACUUCAGGGGCUUCAUGAGAACCUUGGCUCACUUCCGACCUAUAGAAGACAACGAGAAGAACAAGGACCCCACUGCCUCUGAACCUCUCAACAGCAGGACCAAUAAGCUGCUCU